ACCGAGUUACCGACUACCAGCAGUGUAAAAGUAUACUUGGUACUGAUAGCACGCGUUUGAUUAAUUUAUUGAUAGUCUCAUCGUGUUUAAUCGUAUGAGAAUUCGCACAUUUUUAUAAGUGACAAAUACAAUAAAUAUUUUAUCAAGUGUCUAGUGACUUAUUAUAUUUAUAGGCUAUUUUGAUACAGAUACUCCAACUAAUUAAACACCGUUUUAAUAAUGGGGUAAUUUUUAAAAUAGUUAAUCGUAGACUUGAAUAAGAACUGUAAUCGGACAUUAUUCGAUCGUUAUUAACAAUUUUUUGUGUAUUGUGAAAGUGUAAAAAAAUUGGUAAAUAUGUCGUCUAUGAACUAUAUCGGUAAAUUCUUCGCGAAUUUUUACGAAUUUUACAAUGAGAUAAACAGUGCAACACUGACGGGAGCUAUAGACGUCGUCGUUGUGGAGCAGCCGGAUGGGAGCUUCACCUGCUCUCCGUUCCACGUCCGCUUCGGUAAACUCGGCGUGCUACGCUCCAGGUUUAAAGUGGUCGACUUGGAAUUAAAUGGGGAACCGCUGAACAUUCACAUGAAGCUAGGUGAGUCUGGCGAGGCGUUUUUUGUUGAAGAAGUAGGUGAAGACGAGGCCGAAUGUGCGGCCCAUCUCGCCACCUCACCUAUCCCUGCCUCACGGUUUGACGAAUUGUAUGAACCGCGUCGUCGUAACUCGCUGUCUGCUGUCGAGCCGGACCACGGACAGGCAUCCGAUUACACGAAAAGAAGAUACACCGCUGAUGGCAAGUCGAUGCAAAAACCCGAUUUAAGCAAAAUCACAAAAAAUAACUUGAAAGAUGACAAAAGCAGAAUUAGUGAUCAUGAAAAUGACGCUUUAUUCGAAAUGGACGGUUUAAACGAAGGAUCGUCAGACUGGACUGACUCUAAACCAAAGACAUUCGCAGCGACGCAGCUGGGCGCAGCGGGCAGUGAAGCCAAUCAGACUGUUCAGAAAAUAAGCGAACAUAAUGAUUUCCGACCCAUCGAUGUGGUGCUAAACCCAGACGAAUUCAAAUCGAACGGCAACGGUAAGAAGAAAAAGAAGACGAGGAAAGCCAGCUCAAAGAAGAAGCACCAAAGAAAAUCUUCGACUAGUUCAAUUUCUAGUCAAUCUGAUCUCACCGGCUCCGAACAGCGCGGUUCGCUGCCGGCCGCUAUACCCAACGUCACCGAUAUUAACUUCUUUAGUGACUCCGAAAUUGCAUCAGGAACUCUUAGUGAAGAGUUAUCCAACUUGAAGCUGAGUGGUGACAAUCGCAUCCCACUGGCGCUGUCCGACACAGCGUUCGAGGUGCACGCUGCCUCCAGACACUCUAAGGAGUGUUCCGGAACGCCGGUCCAAUCAGACACGGAAGUGGAGCUGGCACGGGCCGCCGGCACCGGCGACAAGUCCUCGCAGUCGUGGCGAUGGGGGGAGCUCCCGGAACCGCCAGUUCGAGGCGCGCAGUCGAUCGAAUCACCCGAGACUCCCGAAUCUCCCGCCUCCCCAGCCGAGCCGGCCUCACCCACGGAGCCUCUCAGCUCCGACGAGGAGCGCACCGAGCGCGGCGGAGUUCUGAGGGGCAUGUUCCGCUUCAUGUCGAACCGGGAGGCGACUGACAACGCGCCGGAGGGCGUCUACCUGGACGACCUCGAUCGCGGUCAAGUCGAUCCCGAUCUCUACUUCCCGAAACAUCACGCGGAACGGUAUCGCUCAGUCGGCGGGAGCGGCGGCGCGGGGGGACCCACCGAGGAGGAAUACGAGUCGGGCAACGGCCCGUCCCUGCCGCAGUCGCCCAACUCGCCCGCCUCGCUCGACGCGCCCGCGCUGGACUCCGACGACGACGAGAAGCUCCUCGCCAAGGGGCAGGUGACGGUGAUGGCGCGCGAGGGCCCGGUGUCGCGCGCGCUGAGCUUCGAGGAGUUCUGCGAGCGCGGCGCGUCGCUGGCGGGCGCCGAGCGGCUCGAGGUGCGGCUGGGCGCGCGCCGCCUGCCGUGGCGCAGCGCCGGCCCGCUGCUGCUGUCGCUGCUGGCCUACCGCCGCCCGCUGCCCACCAGAGUAUUGGAGGAGCUGGAGAAAGGCGAGAAGGAGGACACGCAGAUCAAUCGGGGCGUGGACGAGGCCAAGCCGCGGUACUCGUGGUGGAGCUGGCGGAGAUCCAACCAGGAUAAAAGAUCUGAAUCAUCACAACCUAAAGAUGAAGACAUAAAGGAUUCAACUGCCUUACAAAUUGAAGCUACUACCAAAGCAAUAAUAGCUAAAGCUGAAUCAACGGACGAGGAUCAGGCGGAUCAUUGGAUCGAAGAGAAAAUUGAAAAGCCAAAGGAAGUUCCCGUAAUGGAAGUAGCACCGAAACCUGAAGUCACUAUAGAGCCCAGGGAAUCCACUCCAAUCAUACCUAAAACUAAAAUAUCUGACAGCCAACACGACCAGAGCUCGUCUGAUUCGGAUCAAGAGAGCCAUCAGCAGAGUUCUCGCCGAACGUCCACCUUCCGCAAGACGCUACGUCUUUCGUCUGAACAAAUUAAAGAGCUGAACCUUCGAGAGGGCAUGAACGAGAUGGUGUUCAGCGUGACGACCGCCUACCAGGGCACCACGCGCUGCAAGUGCAACGUUUUCCGCUGGCGGUACGACGACAAGAUCGUCAUCUCGGACAUCGACGGGACUAUCACCAAGUCAGAUGUGCUGGGCCAUAUAUUCCCACUUGUGGGUAAAGACUGGGCGCAAUCUGGUGUGGCGCAGCUCUUCACAAAGAUUAAGAACAACGGCUACCAGCUGCUCUAUCUGUCCGCGCGGGCUAUCGGCCAAGCCAGGGUAACCCGGGAGUAUCUAAGGUCGAUCAGGCAAGGCGAGCUUUGUCUUCCGGACGGACCACUGUUGCUGAACCCCACGUCGCUGUUGCGCGCGUUCCACCGAGAGGUCAUUGAGAAGAAGCCGGAAGAGUUUAAGAUACAAUGUUUAGCUGACAUUAAGGCACUGUUCCCGUCGGGCUCGAACCCCUUCUACGCCGGUUAUGGCAACAGGGUCAACGACGUUUGCGCGUAUCAAGCUGUCGGCAUUCCUAUAGUGAGAAUAUUCACCAUCAACUAUAAGGGUGAACUCAAGCACGAAUUGACUCAGACAUUCCAAUCGACGUACUCGCACAUGUCGGUGCUGGUGGACCAGGUGUUCCCGCCGGCGCUGUGCGAGCCGAGCGCCGAGUUCUCGCAGAGCGUGUACUGGCGCGAGCCGCUGCCCGCGCUCGCCCUGCCGCCCGCCGCGCCGCCCCCCGCGCGCGUCUGACUGCGCCCGGCCAGGCGGCCGAUGCCUGCGUUAAAGGAGAUGGACUUAUGAAUACGAUUGCAUUUUUUUAUGAUUCUGAUGAUCGAUGAGCGCCAACCGUAACGAGGACUAGCUUACGAUAUGUGUAUGAGUGUUUGUUCGCUUUAUUAUGUAGCGUCGUCGGUGUGCACGUUAGGUAAUUCCGUAGUUGACAUAGUAUGCUUUAAACGAAUGCGUAAUUCACGGCUCAUUAGAUAUAAGUUUGGUAGUUAUUCCAUGUUGAUAUUAAGGUCACUGAAAACAGCAUCCUUACCGCAAGUAGUUUGCAAUAUUGUUUUGAAGAUUUAGUUACCUUUGUAUUUAAAUAUGUAUGGUAUACGUAGAAUGGGCAUGACAAUUUAUUAUUACAUUUUAUUCAAUCACUAUACAUAUGGAACACAUUAAACUUGCUGUGAUACACAGUGAUCUCAAUCUCAGACCUAUAUCAAUACAGGGGAUUUGUUAGUUUGUCUGCGCUAUGAAAAAUAUGUUUUUUUUCAUAUUACACUAGUGAAAUUGUAAUCCUACUCCGAGUUCUUUACCAGUUACAUUAGAUUUUUAAUAAAUAAUUACCCUCGGAUAUAGAAGUAGCUAUAAUUACUUAAUUGUCAAUAUAUUUAUUAGAAAAAAUAGAAUAAAUAUUACUUAAUUUUAAAUGUUUAAAAUUGAUCAUAUGCAUUGCAUUGUCUUAUUUUAUUAACUGAAAGACGUAUAAAGGUUAUUUUGCUAAUUAUAGUGUAGUCUGUGAUGCUGAUUGAAGGAGCAAUGCUUUACUUUUGUACUGUGAUUAUAUGUUUGUAUGUAAGUUACUUUGUGUUAUGAUAAACACAAACAUAAUUAUAAUUUUCCCUUUAAGGCAAAGCCUUUUAUUAAAUGAGUAGUUUAUUUUUGUAUAAAUAUAAUUAGGAUGCUUAUUAUAUUUGCUUUGUAAUGUAUUAUUUAAAUUAGUUAUUAUAUACUUGAUCACACAACAGUAUCGCUGGUGUAAUCUGAUUAAUUUAGAUUGUAAUUUUAUGAAAAUAAUUUAUUACCACUGUGAUUAUUAAACAUAUUUGUUGGAAAAUUAAUUCGCUUUUUAAUUAUAUU